CAGAAACUGCACUAAAUGUGCAAAUGGCAGCAUAUCUUUGUAUUGAUUUCCUUACUGCCACGUAGACAUGGACUUGAGAGGCGGGAAUCCUUGCUCGGUAAGCAUUUACCUUCAGUGCCUUUUGAUAAGGUCGAUAAGCUAUUAUCGGAAAUAGAAACAACUCAUAGAGCUCUCCGCAUAAAUCGGCAGUUAUGUAACAACAGCUCAAUUCAAGUAAAUGGUCUGGCCAACGGUUCCUCUUUACUGGAAAGCACAGAAAAGCAGAUACUGCUUUUGACACGACUUUUUAACACCAGCUGCCCAAAUGAAUAUCAUCGGGAAAUCCCGAGAGUACGCUCGGAGUAUAAAUCAUUCCAUUUUCCAUUUGUACCAGAAUAUGAUACUACCACCACUACUACUCCUACUACUACUACCACCACUACUACUCCUACUACUACCACCACUACUACUACUACUACUACUACCACCACUACUACUCCUACUACUACCACCACUACUACUACUACUACUACCACUCCUACUACUACUACUAUUCCUACAACUACUUCUCCUAAAACUAAUCCGUUUGUGGAUCCUACUUCCACACCAGGCCCAACUGGCUCAGACGAGGAAUAUGUGAUACAAAACAUAAACUUUAUUAGAAAUUAUGUAUAA